AUGGAAUCAAUAGAAGAAUUAGUUAUGGAAUCAAAAGAACAUGAUGUUUCCGACGACGAGAUUAUUGAAGAUGAAGAAGGGAUAUUUGCAGACGAGGAAGAAGACAACACAGUUUAUACCGUGAAUGUAACGCCUAUAACAUUACCAACAACUACAAUAAUCCAAACACCAGGAGGAUCAGAGUUUUUUGCACCAAUAGUAGAUCCAAGAAUGUUACCGGUCAAGGGAAAUAUUUAUGGAACACUAGAAAAUUGUGAAGCAUUUUAUAAAGAGUAUGCUUCUCAUGCUGGAUUUGAUGUUAGGAAAUCUUGUCAGAAAACUACUAGGUCUGGAUGGAUCAAACAAAAGUAUUAUCUUUGUAGCAGGCAAGGAACACCGAAGAAUGUUUCACUUGAUACUUUAGAAACAAAAGAAAAACAAAUUAGGAAGAGUACUCAUGAAUGCACUGGAUGUAGAGCUAGAAUUAGAUUUGAUUGGAUAUUUGAUACCGAAAGCUACAGAGUAGGUCUUUUUGAACCACAUCACAACCAUGAGAUGCUUCAUCAAGAGUACAGGCACUUAUCGAGGGCCGAAAGACAACUAAAAUAUGCCGAGCAGCUUUUUGUGUACAAUGCAUACCUUGCAAACAUUGGACCAACAAAAGCUCAUCAGUUGUACAGUAACAUGAAAGGGAGCUAUCAGAAUGUAAAUGGGACAGUUGACGACUUCAGAAAUUGGAAAAGAGACCUGAAUGUCUUUAUUAAUGAAAGUGACUCUCAAAUGUUAGUUAACAAAAUGGAGGAGAGAAGGGAGUACAUUCCGGGGUUUUCGUUUGAAUACAUUCUUGAUGACAGUCAAUUGCACUCACUUUUCUGGGCUGAUGAGGUGGCGAGGGUCAACUAUGAGGAAUUCAGUGACAUUAUGUCUUUUGAUGCAACGUACCGAACAAACAGGUACAACAUGAUGUUCGUACCAUUAACUGGAAUUGACAACCAUGGUAAGUGUGUAACAUUUGCUGUUGGGCUGAUAAGAGAUGAAAAAGCAGAGACCUACACAUGGCUUUUAAACUGUUUCAUGAGGUCAUUCAAUAAAGAGCCAACGAUGGUGGUAACCGAUCAGGAUAAAUCGAUGGAAAUUGCAAUAAAGAAUGUGUUUAAUACGGUUAAAGAGGCAAUUCCAAGUAUUGAAGAAGAAUCAGAAAGAGACUUUAAGAAGAGGUUUGACAAUAUAGUGUGGAAUAUGCACAUCGAGCCACAUGUUUUUGAGGAACAGUGGGAUAAACUCAUGAGUGAUUUCUCGUUGAAGAAUGAUACAUGGUUCAAGUACAUGUUCCAAAUUAGAUCAAAAUGGAUACCUGCUUACUUCACAGACACUCCAAUGUUCGGUCUGAUGAGAACAACCUCAAGAUCAGAAAGCGAAAAUGCUUUUUUUUCACAUUUCACAAGACAAGGAGCAAAUUUGAAAGAGAUAGAGGCUUCGCUGUAUGCAUGUUCAGUGGAUCAGAUGACUAUCGAGGGUGAUUGUAAAGUUUAUCUUAUUAACGAAAGAUUAGGGAAGAAUCCAGUGGACACUGGAAAAAAUGUGAUACAAUACAAGGUACUUUAUAACCGGCAAGAUGGAUCGGUUAUGUGUACUUGUAGACACUACCUUCGUUACGGUCGCCUAUGCCGACAUUGUUUUAUGGGUCUGAACAACAAUAAUGUGGAAGAGAUACCUGCACAAUACAUAAUGAGGCGAUGGACGAAAGGAAUCAUACCACCAGAUUUGAGAUCGAGGAGAAACAGAUUCAACAAUGCAAAUAUGGGUACUCAAAAGCUGGUUACUAAUGUAACCUCGCUUGUUGAAGAUUGCUUGCAUCUACUGUUAAUGAUGAAAAAAAGCUCACAGAAUUUCUGGAAAAAAUGA